AGACCACGAGAAAAAUGUGUGCCAAUAUGCAGCUCAAGGAAGAUAAACAGAAGAAAAAUAGAAAAGGUGAGGAGAGGAAUCUUUGCUGUGCUUGGGAAUGUUCCGAUACGGAUAGCGGAAUCAACGAUAAAAGUGGAUUUCAUCGAUACCGGGACUCUAAACAGAAGGUUAGGCACAAAUGCAGUUACUUGGAUGAGAAGAACUUCAUUUUGUCCCCUCAUUUAUUCGCUCAGCCCAGGUCGUGUGUAUCUGGAUCAAAUGCAUCAGAUAGAGCAAACUCAAGAUGGAAAGCAUCACAAAUAACUCUUGUCCCUGCUAAAUCUGCCAACCUGAAUGUGAACAUUACCAGUGAGAGAUCAAGUGCACCAGACGCGAGCUGUGUACCCAUAAAUCCCAGUGAAUCUAGCGAUUCAAAGACCCAGAGACAAAAUAUUGCCAGUGAGAACUCAAUGCAAGUACAUAUCGUAGAGGUAAGCAGGAUUCUGCCAAUGAUAGAGUGGCUUCCGGAAACGUCUCGUGAACAAAUGACGGUGGAAAGCAAAGGCUGGCGGUGCGACGGAUUUGUCAAGGCAAGCCACGAAACAAGGAGUCCUGAAGCUUUUCGGAAAGAGGCAUCUGGAAAAAAACUUGAAUGGAGCCAUCGGCACCUGGCUAAGGUGGCACACCUCGGGUCGUCAUUGCCCGCCGAUGGCCUGCCAACCGCAGCCAGACACAGGGUGGUGAUCCGGAGAGUGGCACGAGUAAGAGGUUACAGAGGGACUCAGGUACAGGGCAGUCAUGGGGAACAGAAGCUCCAACCGUUACCGAAUCACAAAGACCUGUACAAUAUCUACAGUCUCUCAGGACUACAAAAUCAGUAUGAAUGCCUCUGUAGUCCUUUCCAACCACGAAUGAGACACAGUCCAGUGGGAGACCUCGCACAGAACACCGACAGGAAACAGAAAGGACAGCGGAGACAGUUUUCUGAUGCAAUUGGGGACAUUCGGUAUCAGUUAGGAUGGCCGAAGAACACUGAAUCACCUCCAUACCACGUCACUUUCUCUCAUAUUUUACAGGUUCUCCAGAGCAAACCAGGCAAUAUUUCAGAAGUCAGGGGCCAGAGAUCCCACAGGGCUCUUUAAACGCUUCUGAGAGCUUUCAAUAUAAGACGUCCUUUGCUUUAUUAUAGUCCGUACAUAUCAGUGAAGUGCCGGCCAAAGAAAAACACCACAGGCUUCAGAAUAUAUUUUUUUUAGUCAAACUUUAAUUUUUAUCGUCUCUACAGUGUAAAAGGUCAUGAAUUCAUGGAUUCACGUUGAUUUUGUGGUAAAUCCAUAUUCAAAUAAACCAUUCAGGAAUUUUCGAGGUGGGAUGGGAGGAGAAAAUAUAGGAAUCAGAAGUUAAAAAAAAAGCUUUUGGAGGUUGAAAGAACAUCUUUUAACAACCAAAACGUCUGCGCAAGCUAUAAAACAUAGAACUUAAAAUAAAUAUAAAAACAUCCAUUUGUACACAGUAAACCAGUGUGAUACCACAGCUAAGACCAAAGAAUGUCAAUGAUAAAUACAGUACAAUAUGUACUUACAGUAUGCCAUCGUACACCCACAAACCCCCAGCCACACAUACAUGUACAGCACAAACAUAAAAAAAAUAAACAUCGA